AUGACUUUGCAACAUGGUUUGCAGCAGCAUACAGUUUUAGUUACACAACAUUUUGGACCGCAGCAGCAUGAACAACAGCAUGGAUCACAGCAAGAGCAACAGCAAGGAUCACAACAGCAUGGAUCACAGCAUGAACCACAGCCGCAACCACAACCACAACCACAACCACAACCACAACCGCAACCGCAACCGCAACCACAACCACAACCACAGCCUGGCAUAUUAAUAGUAAUAAUGUAG